AUGUCGCUUCCCCGGCUAUUGCGCAGCCCUUGCGCACGCGCACUCACCUCGUCCCCCUUCAAGCACAACUCGCUGCGGCUCCCGCCCUCGUCUAGAUUCUUUUCGUCGUCGAGACGACGGCUAGAGUCGCUACGCGUGGAGGAUGACCUGUCCUCGAAACUGCCGGGCAUCGACCCUGUAAAACUCGACGUCACCAAGACCAUUACUCCCAAAGCACUGGUGCCGAACCAGGACCUUGUGUUUGGGAGGACUUUUACAGACCACAUGCUGUCCAUCGAAUGGACGGCUUCUCAAGGAUGGUUACCACCCCGGAUAACGCCGUACCAAAACCUCUCGCUCGACCCGGCGACCUGCGUGUUCCACUACGCCUUCGAAUGCUUCGAGGGCAUGAAAGCGUACAAGUGUGAAAAGGACAACUCGCUGCGGCUGUUCCGGCCAGAUAAGAACAUGCAGCGGAUGAAUAAAUCAGCCGCGCGCAUUGCGUUGCCGACAUUUAAUGGCGACAAGCUGGUGGAGUUAAUCGGCACGCUCUGCAAGCUGGACGAGCGGUUCAUUUCCUCCGAGAAGGGCUAUUCACUAUACCUGCGGCCUACGCUGAUCGGGACCCAACGGACACUGGGUGUCGGGCCCCCGGGCUCUGCACUGCUCUACGUGAUCGCCUCGCCCGUCGGACCAUACUACCCGACGGGCUUCAAGGCCAUCUCGCUGGAAGCGACGGACUACGCUGUGCGUGCUUGGCCCGGCGGCGUCGGCGACAAGAAGCUCGGCGCAAACUACGCGCCCUGCAUCGUCCCCCAGCUCAAGGCCGCGAAGAAGGGGCUACACCAAAACCUGUGGCUGUUCGGACCGGAAGAGUACAUCACCGAGGUCGGCACGAUGAACCUCUUUGUCUGCAUCAGGAACAAAGAGACGGGACAGAAGGAACUACUGACGGCACCCCUUGACGGGACGAUCCUGGAAGGCGUGACGCGUGACUCGGUGCUCGCGCUGGCUCGAGAGCGGCUAGAACCCGAAGGAUGGAACGUGGCGGAACGCUAUGUGAAGAUGCAGGAAUUGGCUGACGCCGAGAGCGAGGGACGAUUGAUUGAGGUGUUUGGCGCGGGCACCGCAGCCAUCGUGGCACCCGUACGCAAGAUUGUCUGGAGAGAUCGUACACUGGAUUGCGGGCUGAAACCCACCGAAGAGGCUGGGGAGAUAGCCAGCAGGAUGAAAGGCUGGAUCGAGGGCAUCCAGUACGGUGAUGAGGAUCAUCCGUGGAGUGUGAAGAUUCAGUAG